AUGGUGAAGCGCCGGCGCAAGACCCGCACCCACAAGAAGGGCCCGAUCAGCAAUUCCACGGCUGACUCGCGUGCGCCCAAGAGCUUUGUGAUCCGUGGCGGCAAGGUCGGCAAGAGUGUGUCCGCACUCGUGCGCGACGUGCGCCGCAUCAUGGAGCCGAACACGGCGUCGCGCCUGCAGGAGCGCGAGCGCAAUAAGCUGCGCGACUACCUGACUAUGGCCGGCCCCCUUGGGGUAUCGCAUAUGCUGAUCUUUAACCAGACGGACGCCGGCAUCAAUAUGCGUGUGCUGCGGUGCCCGCGGGGGCCGACCGUGACGUUCCGUGUGAACAAGUAUGCGCUGGCCAGCGACAUUAUGCACAGCUCGCGCCGGCCGAUGGCGCCGGGCAGCGAGUUUACGACUGCGCCGCUGCUCGUGCUGAACAACUUCGGCGGCGACGACCGGCACCUCAAGCUGCUCGUGUCUGUGUUUCAGAACAUGUUCCCGCCGCUGCAUGUGCACUCGAUGCGCCUCUCGCAGGUGCGCCGUGUAGUGCUGCUCAACUACCACGCCGAGACCAAGACGAUCGACUGGCGGCACUAUCUGAUCUCGGUGCGUCCCGUUGGCGUGUCGCGCUCGGUGCGCCGCGUCAUUGAGGGGUCCACGCGGCCGUCUGCUGCGUCGUCGGGCAGCGUUACGGGACACGGCGGCGAGCACCGGCGUCACGGACGGGCACUCGUGAACCUGGGUAACGCGACAGACAUUGCCGAGUAUGUCAUGCGCGGCAGCGCGGCGACGGGCGGCGAAGACACCGAUACCAGCGAGGCCGAGUCGGAGGCGGAGGACAUGGCCGAUCCGCAGAAUGCCGUGGAGCUCGCGCAAAAGUACCUGGGCCGCGGUAACGUGGCGAAUGCGCAGCGCGCUGUGCGCCUCCGCGAGAUUGGGCCGCGCAUGGAGCUGCGCCUCGUCAAGAUCGAGGAGGGGCUCAAUGGCAGCACAGUGCUGUACCAUGACUAUGUGCACAGGACCGCGGCGCAAGUCGCACAGCAGUCGCGCGAGGUGGCCGAGAAGCAGCGCCUCGCGAGCGAGCGCCGCGCCGAGCAGGAGCGCAAUGUCGAGCGCAAGAAGCAGGCCAAGGCACAGCGCCAGGUCACCUUCGAGGACGACGUCGCGGACGCCCCGGACGGCGCGGACGAGUGGGAAGACGAGGAGGACGCGGACGACGAGUUUGCCUAUGAGGACGCCGCCGCAGGUGCGCCCGCGAAUAGCCAAGCGGUCGCGCAGGACGUGCUGGGAAGUGACGAGGAGCUCUUUGAAGAGGAGGACGACGAAGAGGAGCGCGACGACGACGACGACGACAGCGACCUCGAGCCGAUCCCCCUCGGCGAGAGCGAAUACGACCUCGUGUCGACCGGCGGGCGCGCGUCGCGCGCGAAGCGCCGCAGGUAG